UGCCGUAAUCAGAAAAAAGAGUUAUUUUUUCUACUUUCGUAACACUCAAAUUUUGUAACGGUCGUUUGCGCAUCAGCUGAUUUCCAACCGGGCGGGCGAAACGUCAAACUGGUGAGACCGUCAAACGCACACACACACACACACAUACAGACGUACGCAACAAGAAGAAGAAGAAAAGGCAGCAACAGCAAUGAUUGACGGAGUGAAAAAUUAAACAAAAUUCACCGAAAUUGAGUAGUUAAAAAUCGUCGGCUGUUAAAAACCAAAUCAUCAAGAUUUCGAACCAACGCAGAUUGCUCCAGAAGCUCACAAUGGAUCGAGUGACCAAGCCGCAGAAGAAGAUGCUCAUCACAUUACUGCGGGAAACCAAGUACAUGGAGGGCAAAAAGGAGAAGGAGUGGUACUGGGAGAAGAUCCAGGCGGCACUGAAUACCAUUGGCCCCAAAAAGACCAUUAUCCAGUGGAAGAAGUGCUGGCGGGAUAUGCGACUCACGACCAGGAAGAAGCUGGCGGAGCUCAAGCGCUGUCAACUCUCUGGGGGAUCUCCGCCUCCUGGUAUCGAACUGAACCAGGAGGACAACGACAUCAUCGACAUUGUGGGCACCGAGUACUUCUACGAGGAGAUGAAUGGCGAGCUUAAGGCGGAGAACUUUCUGACCGGCUUGGACUAUGCCCCUGAGCACCUGUGCGAUGCCAUCCUAACGGCAGCAGUGGGUCAUCAUCAGCACAACAUGCAGCACCAGAAGGAGCCGCAAUCACAUGCGGGACAGCAGCCACAGCAGGAUCACCACACCAACGACGGGGAAACCAACGAUGCACCCGGCUCGAGCAAUGGUGGCUCGUAUCAGGGCCACCCUGUCUCCCAGCUGCAGGCCCACAACGGCGGUGACCAGGGCGGCCAGUCGCACUCCGGGAUGCUCCAGCACCCGGCCUUUCAUGGUGGCUUGCAUCCGCACCUGUUGAGGCGCCAGCAUGGUAGUGGAUCGCUAUCCAGGGAGUCGCCUUUCGAGGAGAAGCUGCUGCAGUUCAUGCAGGACGCCUUUCCCAAGAAGAGCAAGAAGCGCAAGAAUCGGGAUCCCGACAAACUGUUCCUUCUAUCCCUGUACGAGGAGAUCAAGCGUGUUCCCGAGGAAAUACGCCUCGACGUAAAGUCCGAACUAAUGCAGAUAUUAAAGAAGUACCAGAAGAAGUCGCCCGUCAAGGCGGAGAAGUCAACGCCAUCCUCCACUUCAACAUCCUCGAAAUUGAGCUCCAGCAGCAGUGGUAGUAACUCGGUGACAGCCCACUUGUCCCACAGCAUGUACCAGUUGCAGAAGAAGUACGAAAAGGGUGAACGAGAGCCGUCGCCUCAGUCACAGGUGGAGCGAGUGGCAGCCGCCGGAUCAGUCGCUGUGCCUCUCCAUGCCUCCCAGCAGCUGCCCCUCUUCCAGCUGCAGAAAAAGUACGAAGACAGUGCCGUGGAGAAGGUUCAUCAGCAGCAACAGCAGCAGCAGAGCGAGCUGCGCAAGCAUGUGGAGGCCGCCCAUCAUGCAGCCCAACAGCAACCGCCACCGCCUCCACCCAAUGAGCACCUGCACCAUCCCCAGAUGACACACAACAUCAUGUUCCCGCUGGGGCAGCUGCGCAACGAGCAGCCGCCCGCCCAGCAGCACCAGCAUGCCCACAAUCCUCACCAGCAACAGCAGCAGCAACAGCAUCCCCACCAGCAGCAACAGCAACAGGGGCAGCAUCAUCCGCCCACGAUCUUCGGAUCCACCGCCAGCGAACGGCCAGCAAUGUCCUACGAGAACGUCGGAUGAGUGCUGAGCCGUCUGUGGGAAGCCACUUGUGGAGCACCACGCCCUGCGACGGUGUCGCCCACGACGGCAGACUCGCACCACUGUUAGCCCUCUAUUUAGACAGCAACUCGUAGGUCUCAACCUUAUGCUAGCCUACCUAAGUACGCGAUGCUCGCUUACUACAAAGUUUUUUGUAAUUCUGAUUGCAUAAAUCUCCGGCAAAGAUUCCCUUACAACUCAGGAAUCGUGCUUUGCAGUCUUUGAUAAACAAAAUAUUUUGAGUUAUACCAAUUUUGUAGUAAGUGCACGCUAUGAUCCUCAUGUAAAUGUUUCCGGUGGCAAUAAGAGCACAGCUAAACUGUGAAUCAAGUUCUCAAUAGAUCGCGACUGGCGAAUUUAUCGGUGUAAACUCAAAUAUAAUUGUAUCUUAAUA